AUCUCGGAAGACCAAAAAGUCGGCGACGACAUUGAAGUAUUCGCGAAAAUCACCAAUUACCACGCUUAUACGGCGCUGAACGCGAAAAACCACUUCCGCGCUCCCACCGAGUGGGGCAUCAUCCUGCGGCCGAAUACCACCGUCACGACGGCGAACACCGACGAAGACGCCUCUUCGACCACCUCCGACCAAAUUCGCUGCCUGGCCUGCGACUCGGAGCGCGUCCGGUCCUGCUGGAUUGUAGCGAUGAGGCUGGCCAAGUAUGGAAAACAACUUAGAGAAAACUACAGGGCGUUUAGAAAUAAGCAAGGAGAAAGUAUCAACUCAAAAGACUACAAUAGCUACUCAGUACCUAAUGAAUCCGUGCGGUCCCGCGUCGCCAUGGACUUCACCGGCGCCGUGGGGAGGAUAGUGGAGGAUCCCCAGGAAGCGACCGCCAUCGCCGCCGCCGAAGGAUACUCGUGGAAGCGACGCUGGAGGGCACCCAUCAGGGGAACGACCGCUCCCUCCACUCUCGUCCAGACCCAGACCGCUUACGUACACUCCAUCGAUACUGGUAUCCACGUUACCCAGCCGUGGUUCCACAGCGGCUUGCCCAGAGACCAGGCGGCUGAGCUGGUGGCCAAGCAUGGAAGCGUUGAUGGAGUUUUCCUGGUCCGUGAUAGUCGUUCCAAUCCAGGUUCGUAUGUGAUAACCUACAAAUGUGGUGGUAAAGUCAUCCACGCACAAGUCAAUCCGAUUUUGGAUCCGCUCCGAGACAGAGCCGUCUUCUCCAUAGACAACGGAGCAACAAAAUUCUAUGAUCUUUUGCAACUAGUCGAGUUUUAUCAGCUGAACGCCGGUUGUCUGCCAACAAGGCUAACGCAUUAUGUAACCUUCCUGAUGGAUGUCGAAAAGCAACCAGAUGCAGGGCACAACACUAGUGCGUCUUCGGGAAGCAGCAACUAGAGCUACGUAUUUUCGAAUUGACAUUUAUCAAAUUGACAGUGUUUUUUAUUGUAAUGAGUCAUUUUGAUUUCUUUCAUUUGCAAAAUUUAUUUGAUGCUAUUAUAAAGUGUAGAUUUGAUUAGUGUUAACAUCACAUUAGGAUAUUGAUGAUAUGUGAUAGUUAUCUUUAACAAAAAUUAUUGGAAGAAAUUAAUAUAUGUUGAACGUUUUGGUAGUUUAGUGUUGGCACCAUUGUUUGCACAGACUGAUAUGGCAUUGUUGCUGAACCUUCAAUGCUGUGCUGUUACAGAGCUUUUUAAUGUUUGUGCAAACAAUGGACCUCCACACUUCUUUGUCGAAUAGCUGAAAACCUUGAUUAUCCACUCCAAUAGAUAUAGUAAUGCAUUGAGAAAACCACUUCUAGAGAUUAUCUCAAUUUCAGGGGGUCUUUUACUCUUUCCAGUUGACUGUCGAACAGAUAAAAUUCUUGGGGAAAAAAUCAAUCUACAGAUUGGACUUAUUGGGUGUUGUAAGUUCUUGAAGAUAUUGAAUAUGUUGCACCAGUGAUAAUUAUAAGUUUCUCACACUCCCAAAAAAUUCAAAAUUAAAAUGUCAACACAUCAUUUCAGUAUUAAAUCUCAUUGAUAUACAGGGUUUGAUAGUUAGACGAUCAUUAGUUUUUUGAAGAUUAUUGAUAGAUAAAGGCUGUGGCUUUAUGUGAAAAUGAGAACUGGAAGCGUUUAGUAAUGUAUGUAAUGGCCGAGUGGAAUAGAAAGAUAUGUGAAAUUUGACUGAAUCGCCAUACCUCUAAGUCAGUGAUGAUUAUUUGUUUCCUUGUUGACUACACUCACAUCUUUACUGAUCUGGUUUUUUUUAUAUAAAUGUAGUCAACGAAAAGACUUAUUCGAUUAUGGCGGAUUGUAUUUAGUUUUUUGUAGUUUUUUGGAGUUGCGGACUUGAUGGACUUAGGAAAACAUUUAUCUAUAUGCAAAUCAAGUUAUAUAAAGCGAAACUGCUUUGAAAAUCCAGAGAAUUCAGCACUGCCAACAGCUCUCACACAUACAAUGCAAAUAUUACUUAAACUAAGUCAGCGUUGUUGAAUUACUUUAGUAGACGUGUCGACAUCAUGCAAGUUCUGCUGCUCCAAAAAAGACUUCAAAAAAGAUAUUGAUUUUAAUAAAUAUUUCAAUGAUUAUACGGAUAUCGAAACCAAAAACACAUCUAAUAGUAAGAGCAAUAUAUCUGUAAAUGUAACAAUUAAAUUAAGGAAAAUCCAAGUAGAUGUGAUAUUUAAGUGUGUUUAUUUUGUCUGAUAUUGAACCAGUAUUUUUGUAAAACUGUUAUGUUAGUUCCUGAUACAACAUUCAUUUCAAAUAUUUUCAUGAUGAUUUUCGUGCCAAAUUCAUAUUGUUGAGAUCGUUCGAACAUGUUGAACAACUUCACAAAGAUCGCAAAGUGAAUGCAGUCCGUAAUCUUUCAAAAAAAUAUUACUUUUUGAUUUUUUUUCUCACAAAAACGGUGUCUUGUCUUUUCUCAUUCGAAGUAUCCAAUAUUCAACAACAUGCAAAUCAUAAGACUCAUAUGUAACAUAAAAAGAAAUAUAUUAAAAUAUCAUCAUAUGACAACUGAGCAAACUUUCUGCAAACAAGUUCCAAAUUUUUUUUAGAGGUGUUGCUUUUCAAAAUAGAACUAUUUCUUAAACUAUCGAGGGUAUGAUACAAACACCAUGCAAAACUUUUUUAUAAACCUUGAAAAUUCUUACAAAAACUUGCCUCCUACUUUUAUUUAGAAGUUACUGUAUUGAUAAAAAUUUAACUUUCAAUUCAUAAUUGAGAUAUAUUUCAUAAUAAUUUAUUUUUUCAACUUCUCAGAUGUGUAUUGAAGCCAUUUUUUCGUGUCACCUUCCUGAGAGUCGAAUUUUUUUUAAAUAGUGACUUACAGAAAAGAGCAGACACCUUUUUUCGUAAAGUAUUUCAGGGAAGAACGUUCGGAAUAUGUUUUGUAAAUAAUUUCUGGCAAACGCAAUUUAGGCAAUAAUUCAUCAUUUAUUGUUGCUACGAUGGUCAAAUUUAACAAAGAAAUCCUAUACUUUGAUAGUGAAAUAUUUAAGAAACAGUGAUUUUCAUGAAAAUUUAGCUAGAUAUCAUUUUAGAUAUAGUGAACAAAAUUUUUUGUCGCAUUAUGCGAUUAUUGAAGUGAUUUAUUUCCAAGUUGUUCAAGGACUGAUUCAUCUUCUGAUUUGGAGUCACAAAUAAUGAGUACUUGGCAAAUUUGUGAUAUGUAUAUAGAUACAAAAAGGCAAUCAAUUAAUUUAGGUACCUAAACGACUGAAUAUUCAACAAAAUAGCUCUUGGAGGUGUUUUCACGAUCAGAUUUUUUGGAGGAGUUCUUCCAAACACACCGAGAUCAACAGGAACUGAAUUAUCGAAUUUAUGUUGCAUUGGAACUAUUAUUGACAGUAUAUUCAUUAUUUAUAUUCAUGACAUUUUUGUACAUUUAUCCAUUAUCUUGUCAUUUAAUUUUAACACUGCAAUAACUGUAUUUUAGUUUUAAGAGAAGUAUCAGUUUAUUUAGAGACAUGCAUAUUACUGUUAGAACAUAAUACUUUUGAAUAUUAUAGACGAAUGUUACUAGACAAACAAACCAUCACAUCUAUAGUCUUACAUAACUUAACUUCUCAUACCCAUUUUUCUAUAUAACAAAUCACAUUUUUUGUAUUGUAGUUGAUAGUUCGAUGACAAAGUAAAUUUAUAUUUGAUGA